CCAGCUAGGGCGUCAGUAUCAACGAUUCAAGCUCUGUCGAACCAUUUGUAAAAAAAUGAAUCAGACAAUCGCAUGCCUUAAGCAGCUUAGUUUUUAGAACCCAAAAAAGACCACCCAAACUGGUUUUUAACGCACGCCUUUCUGUGUGCUGGCUACGAUAACGACUUCAAUAAAGAGGUUCAAAAUAAGAGCCGUUGUAGUGCCUUUCUUCCUACUCAGUCAGCCUCAUCAUCAUCGUCACAGAGAAAUUUUUAGACGGCAGAAUAUGCUGUCAAGAAAACCAAAUAUGAAAUUCUCAGUAACCAAACUAGUUAACAGAGUCUGUUCCACUUUAAUUCCAAACUCGUCUUCCGUACCCAAAACGCAACUCUUGUUCAAUCAACAGGACACAUUUUACACAAAUUUAUUCUCUCAACUUAAGUCACCACCUCAUCUUUUGGAAGCCAAAAGAUUACACGCUAUUCUUAUCUGCAGAGGGUUUUUUAGUCCUACCUGUACUGAUAGAGUGUUGGCUUCACAGCUGGUCAAUGUCUAUGUUAACUAUGGCUGUCUGCGAGAAGCAUUUCUCGUUUUUGAUAGGCUUCCCAAUAAGAGUAAUAAUAUUGCUUGGAACGCUAUACUUAGAGGUUUCAUUGAUACGGGUCAGUUUUCAGAAGCCAUCCAGUUUUAUUACUUGCUGCUAAGGCAACGUGUGGUCCCUGAUAAUUUUACCUACCCACUUGUUUUAAAGGCUUGUUCUGGAUUGAAUGAUCUUGAACUAGGCAGGAGAAUUCAAGGUCACAUUCUAUUAGACGAGGCUCAUGGUAAUAUGAAGCGUAAUAGUUACAUCGAAUGUGCUAUGAUUGAUAUGUUUGCGAAGUGUGGCGGCCUGAGUGAAGCCAAAAAAGUGUUUGAAGAAAUGCCCAAAAGAGAUUUGGUUUCUUGGAGUGCAAUGAUAACUGGAACUGUGCAGAAUGCGGAGUGGUUUGAGGCAUUGCGCCUGUUUAAAAGGAUGAGAUCCGAAGGGUUUCAGCCUGAUUCAGUGAUUGUGGCAACUGUACUUCCGGCUUGUGGUAGAUUGGAAGAUAAGCAAAUGGGAAGGACCUUGCAGGGAUGCGUUAUAAGGAGUGGUUUGGAGUGUGAUUUGUUUGUUUCGAAUGCGCUUAUUGAUAUGUAUUGCAAAUGUAGUGAUACAUAUGAAGCUCACAGAAUAUUUUGUGGGAUGGUGUAUAAGGACGUAGUCACAUGGACCAUCUUGAUUGCUGGUUACUCACAGAAUUGUCAAUACCAUGAGAGCUUUAAAAUGUUUCUUGAAAUGAAUAGUGUUGAUAUAAGGACAAAUGAAAUUGUUGUUGCAAGUGUUCUUCCUGCCCUAGGUAAGCUCAAAUUGUUAAAACAGGGGAAGGAGAUGCACAACUAUAUUCUUAAACAAGGUUUUGAAUCUGAUGUUGUAGUAGGAAGUGCGACAAUAGACAUGUAUGCCAACUGUGGUGCAACAAGAGAAGCAAAGCAUGUUUUUGAGAUCAUGUUGGAUGGUGGCAUCAAUAUAUGGAAUUCCAUGAUUGUGGGGUAUUCUUCAAAUGGUGAUCUUGAUUCAGCGUUUGAGGUCUUUCGGAGAAUGUGGGAUUAUAAUAUCAGACCAAAUUCCAUAACUCUGAUGAGCAUCGUUCCAAUCUGUGUCAAAGUAGGAAGUGUUAGACUGGGUAAAGAAAUUCAUGGCUAUGCCACUAGGAGUGGUCUUGGUACUGUAAUUUCGGUGCAAAACUCAACAAUAGACAUGUACUGCAAAUGUGGGUGCCUAGAACUUGGAUUGAAGGCCUUUAAUAAGAUGAGGGAAAAGAAUAUUGUCACAUAUAACACAAUGAUCUCUGCUCUUGGGAUUCAUGGGUGUGGAAAUGAGGCAUUUACACUAUUUGAGGAAAUGAAGGCGACCAGAAUAAAUCCAAAUAAAGUCACUUUUGUUUCACUUUUAUCAGCUUGUAGCCAUUCAGGUGUAGUCGACAAAGGUUGGUUCUUUUAUAACGCCAUGAUAAAUAACUAUCGUAUUUUACCAGACAUGGAACACUUCUCCUGCAUGGUAGACCUUCUUGGCAGAGCAGGGCACCUUCAUGAUGCAUAUAAUUUCAUCAGAAGAAUGCCAGUUGAACCACACAUAGAUGUUUUAGGAAGCUUGCUUGGGGCUUGCAAAGUUCACAACAAUGUUGAGCUUGCUGCGCUUGUUGGGGAGCUUAUUCUCCAAAAGAAUGAGAAAGAUUUAGGCUACCAUGUGCUCUUAUCCAACAUAUACGCCGCCACAGAUAGAUGGAAUGACACACAAAAGGUUAGAACAAUGAUUAAAAUGAAGGGUUUAAUGAAGGAACCUGGAAGUAGUUGGAUUGAGAUUGGUUCUUGCAUUCACAUGUUCCUAGCUAGAGAUGUAAUACAUCCAGACUUCAGAAACAUACAAGAAAUACUGGAUGUCUUAUUGUUAGAUAUGAAGGAUGAAGGAUAUAUGACAGAUUCAAAUAUUUUUUUCUCGUGAUCCUCAAAGAUUUAAGUUUAAUUUCAACUGAAAAUCUCAAUGCUUCAAUAAGCAGA